CGCAGGGGCAUGGUUAUUUUUUUUUUGAGGAGAGGCAUGAGCGGGAAACGAGAUGCUCUGACACCUUCAUAUAUAAACCACCACGGAGACGGCAACGGCCCUCCUGAAAUUUCGACUUGAGUCCAAACAGUGAUCCCCAUGAGAUCAGGUCGUGCAACCCCUUCUCGCCAUGCGUUCUCCACUCCUCAACCUCCAUGCUUUGCCAGCCGUGGUCGGGACCACGGUCGCACUCCUCUACUUUGCUCAAGGGACCUUGGCCGCUUGUCCCUACAUGCAAGGUGGCCAAGGAUUCCAGGAACAAUCGUCGGGACACGGGGCAAAGGCUUAUUCGAAACGGCAGACUUCCGUUUCCAACAGCACGGCUCCUGUCGACACUUUUCUUGACCAAUUCACGCUCAAUGACACCGACACGUACAUGACUUCGGAUGUCGGGGGACCGAUCCAGGACCAAGAGAGCUUGAAGGCGGGGAUCAGGGGACCGACGCUUCUGGAAGACUUUAUGUUCAGACAGAAGAUCCAGCACUUUGAUCAUGAACGGGUUCCGGAGAGAGCAGUUCAUGCACGAGGUACAGGAGCUCAUGGCGUCUUCACAAGCUACGCCGACUGGUCAAAUAUCACCGCCGCUUCGUUUCUCUCUGCAGCAGGGAAGCAGACUCCCAUGUUUGCCCGGUUUUCUACCGUUGCAGGAAGCAGAGGCAGCCCAGAGGCAGUCCGAGACGUCCAUGGCUUUGCAACCCGUUUCUACACCGACGCUGGAAAUUUUGACAUCGUUGGAAACAACAUUGCGCCAUUUUUCAUCCAGGACGCGAUCCAGUUUCCGGAUCUGAUACAUGCUGUGAAGCCGGAGCCCGACAGGGAAAUUCCACAGGGAGGCACCGCCCACACCACAGCGUGGGAUUUCUUCAGUCAACAGCCCUCUGCGUUGCAUACUCUGUUCUGGGCUAUGGCCGGCUAUGGCAUUCCACGAUCCUUCCGGCAUAUGGAUGGCUUUGGCGUUCAUACUUUCCGAUUCGUAACCGAGGACGGCAAUUCGAAGUUGAUCAAGUGGCAUUGGAAGACGCUACAAGGCAAGGCAAGCUUGGUGUGGGAGGAAGCCCAGGUGUUGUCCGGAAAGAACAUCGACUCGCACAGGCAGGAUCUGUGGGACGCCAUUGAGGCUGGUCAGUAUCCAGAAUGGGAACUCGGGGUACAGAUCAUGGAGGAGUCCGACGAGCUCAGCUUCGGGUUUGAUCUUCUCGACCCGACCAAGAUCGUGCCGGAGGAAAUCGUGCCAGUCACCAUUCUGGGCAAGAUGACUCUGAACCAGAACCCUCGGAACUAUUUUGCCGAAACAGAACAGAUCAUGUUCCAACCGGGCCACAUCGUCCGCGGGAUCGACUUUACAGAGGAUCCUCUGCUUCAGGGACGCAUCUACUCCUAUCUUGACACGCAGUUGAACCGACACGGCGGCCCCAACUUCGAGCAACUGCCCAUCAACCGGCCCCGGGUGCCGAUCCACAACAACAACCGAGACGGAGCUGCUCAGAACUACAUCCCGCUCAACGUGGACGCGUACACGCCCAACACCGGCAACAACGGCUCGCCCAUGCAGACCAACCAGACGGUGGGGAACGGGUUCUUCACGACGCCUGGGCGCACGGUGGGCGGGAACCUGGUGCGGGAGAAGUCGCCGACGUUUGCGGACGUGUGGUCGCAGCCGCGGCUGUUCUACAACUCGCUGAUCCCGGCGGAGCAGCAGUUCCUGAUCAACGCGAUGCGCUUCGAGGCCUCGCACGUCACGUCGCCGGUAGUCAAGCAGAACGUCAUCACGCAGCUGAACCGCGUCGACAACGACCUGGCGGUGCGGCUCGCGCGCGUGCUGGGCGUGCCCGCCCCGGCACCGGACCCGACCUACUACCACAACAACCGCACCGCGUUCGUGUCCAUCUUCAACUCGUCGCUGCCAACCAUCGCGGCGCUCAACGUCGGCAUCCUGGCCAGCGUGUCCUCGCCCGCGUCCCUAGCUCAGGCGACCGCGCUGGCCGCGUCGUUCGCGCAAGCGGGCGCCUUCCCCUCCAUCGUGGGUGAGGUGCUCACCGGCCCCGUCAACCAGACGUACUCGGCCGCCGACGCGAGCGGGUUCGACGGCGUCAUCGUCACGACCGGCACCACCGCCCUCUUCACCACCAACGCCUCCACCUCGGCCCUCUACCCGGCCGCCCGCCCCCUGCAGAUCCUCCUCGACGCCUACCGCUGGGGCAAGCCCGUUGGCGCCCUCGACGGCGCCGCCGCUGGUAGCACCGCGUUGGGAGUCGCCGCCAUCCCCGCGGGGACGCCCGGGGUGUACACCCAAAACAACUCGACGGACCUGGCCAGCUUCGUGACGGCCUUCGAGGGCGGGCUGCGCACGUUCCGCUUCGUGGACCGCUUCCCGCUGGACCCGUCCUGAUCAAGCCCCGUGGCCGCGCGAGAUUCCUGGACCCGGCUUUUCGAGAGUCGACAUUGUUGAAUUGGCCCAACAUCAUCUCUCUAUUCCCCACUCCUCCCCUUUCUCCUAUACCUCCCUUUCUAGCCUCCGAGCUUGAGAGGAUUUCGUUCGUUCGUUCCCCAUUGAUAUACCUACCUGCCUAUACAUAUGAGCAUACGAGCGUCUGCAUCAGCGUUGGUCGUGGCUUGGGAUUUGCGCACGGUGGAUCCACGCAGUCACUACUCACGGGUUCUGGGUCGUGGACAGCGUUAUUGGCUGUGUAGAGCCUACAGUGUGAAAUACGUAAGGUAAUACAAUAAGGUAAUUCUCAUCGGUCGGUCUUCUCGGUCCAUGAGCCAUGAAUAAGAG